AUUAUAAAGGAGAGCGGCCAGCCUGUAUUAACACCAAGUAUCCAGACAGAUCAAAAAUCCCUGGCGGCGGGAAAUGAGCUCAGUCAGAUCGGGACAUUAACCAGACCCCCUAUAUCUGCGACGGAUGAUAUUACCAGCGAUUCGAAUUACUAUCGCGACCUUUUAUAUGAUGUGUUUGAAACAAUCCGAUCCGCGAGUCAGGACAGUCAGCAAGAACUUCUCCAAAUGAUCCGAAAUCACUCUCCGAUACAAAAUAUUCGCGUAUAUCUAGACAGUAUCUUACGACAUGCACACGCCCACGAGAGGAACCAAGAAGCCCCCAGGCGAUCCAAGAAGGCGAGACACAACACCGGGGUUGACACGCCCCAAUUCCGACCUCAGAUAAUGGACAUUCGCUAUUUGUGCGGUAGCGCUCCAUACAGAGUCCCAGCAAAACCAUGGACAAGUGUUACCGAUGAUGAUGAUUUAGUGUCGCACUUGAUCUCCCUGUAUAUGACUUGGGACUAUCCUUUCUAUGCUUUCAUUGACCGCGAGACAUUUCUUGUGCACAUGAGGAAUGGGAGCCUGCAUUCGGACUUUUGCACCCCAUUCCUGGUCAAUGCCAUGCUUGCAAAUGCUUGCGACUACUCACAAUAUUCCGAAGCUUACACUACACCGGGAGACAUUAAAACGAAAGGCGCUGAAUUUCUUGCGGAAGCGGAGGGUUAUAUGAGAUUAUACCUAUUCGAUAGGGGAAGCGGCACCCGUCUAGCUACCUUGCAAGCAACCUUGCUAUUGUAUGAGAGGUAUUCUAAUCUGGGGAAUGAUGAUUUCGGCUAUACUAUGCUUCAUCAAGCGACAGAGAUGGCAGAAGAAAUGGGAAUUAUCAACCAUAAAAAGCUGAACCUGAACAGAUCGCAAAUGUCCGAAGAGAUGAUCAGAUCACUCAAGCGCACUUCCUGGGGGCUGUUUCAAGUUGAUACGAUUGUACAUACAAAUUUCCUCAGACCGAGCCGCGUAAAUCAAGUGAGCAUAGAUCGGAUUGAAGCUACAAAAGGCGACGAUGAUACGUGGAUGCCUUAUCCAGUUCCAGGCCACACACGACCAUCUCACAUGGGCCUCUAUUUUGAUAAGGCAUGCGAUCUGUCUUACAUUGCCAGAGAUAUUUCUCGGAGCAUGCCGAUCGCACGGCAAGGGACAAGUGACGCGAACAUGUCCAAGCAAGAAAACUACAAUCGGCUCUGCCAGUGGAAAUCGACGCUUCCUGAAGCUUUCAAAGCAUCAGAAAAGCCGGCACCACAUAUCUUACUCCUCGGAAUGCGUUACAAUGCACUUGUGAUCAACCUGUGCUGCGACAACUUCGGCUAUUAUUCGUCCUUCAGUAAUCUUCAGAAACGAACACCCUUGUUUUUCAGUCCAGACAGUGAACAGAGUGCCGAUCAGAUAGCGCUCUCAUCUGCGCGGGAAAUAUCUGCUCUUACACAAGUCAUGCAGUCGGAAUACGGAAUCCAAUACGGGCAUCUGUUCACGAUGUAUGCGGUCAAUGUUGCUCUAUACACCUUGCUCGAGCAACCCGCCUUUGAUAUUUUCGACUCAGAUUUCUUGUGCCUCACAAGCGCAUUUUCUACGAUUGCGAGACGUUCCCCAGUGGGGAGAAGCCUUUUUCAUUUCUUCAAGCUGUCCGUACAGUCUCAACAGUAUCAAAAGCAAGGCGGCAAUCCAGUAAAGUUUGAAGAUCUCCCAAGAACAAUUAGGGAGAUUUUCUCACAAGAUCUUCAGCCCCAAACACCAGAACAGUGGAAAAAGGUAUCAAAAUCUGAAGGCGGCACAUUGUACGGAGACAAUUUGGAAAGAAACCCAGGCGAUUUUCCACCUCCGGGGCUAAAGGGAAUGAUCAGUGAAUAUGAGAAGCUCAGCGUGGGCAAAGAAGGGCGACCCCAUGGCUAUCCCAAGGGUAGUGACUUUUAA